GCCAUGGCACCGACUGUUUUCGGACAAAUGAACUACUCUAAGGGGCACCUGACGCCUACUCACAAGCUGAGAAAGCCAAUGGUGGAGAAACUGCGUCGGGAUCGCAUCAACACCAGCAUCGAGCAGCUGAAGUCCCUGCUAGGACCCGAGUUCCUCAGACAGCAGCCGGACUCCAAGCAAGAGAAGGCAGACAUCUUGGAGAUGGCUGUCGCCUAUCUGAGGAGUUGGCAGCAGUACAAGCAGCAGCAGCGGCAGAAGACCGGGGCCUUCGUCCCGAUGUCAGCCAGCGACGGUUACUCCCGCUGUGUGCAGGAGGCCAUCGGCUUCCUGUCCCACUGCAACAUCAAGACCCAGUCCCAUGGACGGCUGCUCAGUCACUUUCAGAGCCUGCAGGCAUCCGGCAAGACCGGUCAGAGUCCCUACACCCUGUCCCCGCCGGGCUCGCCCGCCCACCAGGUCAGCACCACUAAGGGAGGGAGCCCGGCCAACAGCCUGAUCUGGAGGCCCUGGUAGAGUGGAGGCAUUGUUAAACCUCCAGAAAAUCAGAACCAAGUCUGUGAGCAUCAUGGACAGCGAGUUUAAGACUGACAGAAGUCUUAUUUUGUUUUACUGUUGAGUAUUCAUCGAUGUAUAAAAAGGGCACAAUGUGUCAGUAUCCCUUUGAAAGGACUGAGAUGAACUGAUUCAGGUUAUACUGAAUGUGUACACUACGUGUACGGACAACCUACACUCUUAUAAUAAGAGUGGCUCUCAUAAACUAUGUGAAUUAUUCUCAUUAGAGAAAACUGAGCUGGAUUUUUUAAAAUUUACAUUGCCAAUUCUAUGAAAUGUUCUUGCUGUUAUAUGACCCAUAUUGGGUCAAACUGGUGUGGUGUCUGAGACACUGGUCACAUGUUCAGGUGACGUCUGUGACAUCAGAGGUCACUGGUGUUCACAACUGUCA